AUGGACGCCUUAAUUCCUAUUCUUAAUAAACUUCAAGAUGUAUUCAAUACAGUCGGCUCUGAAAGUAUCCAAUUACCACAAAUAGUCGUUGUUGGCUCACAAAGUGCGGGUAAAAGUUCUGUAUUGGAAAAUAUUGUCGGACGAGAUUUUCUUCCACGUGGUGCUGGUAUUGUUACACGACGUCCUUUAACCCUUCAACUUGUUUAUACACCACCAGAAGAUAAAGAAGUGCAAUGUCAAAAUUUAGGACUUCAUCCACCGGAUGAAAAUGAAUUUGCAAUAUUUUCACAUGUUAAAGGUAAAAUUUUUACAGAUUUUAAUGAAAUUCGUCACGAAAUCGAAGCCGAAACAGAUCGACUUGGUGGAAAAAAAAAUAUCUAUCACGAACCAAUAACAUUAAAAAUUUAUUCACCGAAAGUUGUUACACUUACCUUAAUUGAUUUACCAGGAUUAACAAAGAUACCCGUAGAAGAUCAACCAGUUGAUAUUGAAAAACAAGUACGAGAUUUAAUUAUGCAUUAUAUAUCGAAUCCAAAUGCAAUAAUACUUGCCAUUACACCAGCUAAUGUAGAUUUCUCAACAUCUGAAGCUGUAAAAUUUGCUAAAGAAGUUGAUCCUGAUGGAAGACGAACUUUAGCUGUUUUAACUAAACUUGAUUUAAUGGAUCGUGGAACAGAUGCAUAUGAUGUUCUUUGUGGAAGAAUUAUUCCUGUUAAAUUGGGUAUUAUCGGUGUAGUUAAUCGAAGUCAAGAAGAUAUUCAUAAAAAAAAACCAAUUGAAGAAGCUCUUCGUUAUGAAACGGCUUUUCUUCAAAAAAAUUAUCCAUCAAUUGCUACCCGAAAUGGAACAUCAUUUCUUGCUAAAACAUUAAAUAGAUUAUUGAUGCAUCAUAUUCGAGACUGUUUACCAGCUUUAAAAACACGUAUUAAUCAAAUGGUAUCGCAUUUUCAAACACUUGUUAAUUCAUUUGGUGAACCAAUUGAAGAUAAAGGUAGACUAUUACUUCAAAUUAUAACAAAAUUUGCAUCAAGUUAUUGUGCUACUAUUGAAGGCACAGCGAAAAAUAUUGAAGUUUCAGAACUAUGUGGUGGUGCACGAAUUUGUUAUAUAUUCCAUGAAACAUUUGCACGUGCUCUUGAAUCACUUAAUCCAUUGGAUACUUUAACAACAUUUGAUAUACUUACAGCGAUAAGAAAUGCUACUGGUCCAAGACCUGCCUUAUUUGUACCUGAAGUUUCAUUUGAAUUACUUGUCAAACGACAAAUAAAACGUUUAGAAGAUCCAGGCUUACGAUGUGUUGAACUUGUACAUGAAGAAUUACAACGAAUUAUUCAACAUUGUGGUGCUCAACAAGAAUUUAUUCGAUUUCCUCGUUUACAUGAAAAAAUAGUUGAUGUUGUUACACAUUUAUUACGUCGUCGUUUACCAGAAACAAAUCGAAUGGUUGAAAAUCUGGUUGGUAUUGAAUUAGCAUAUAUUAAUACAAAACAUCCAGAUUUUCAUGAAGCUGGAGUUAUACAUAAAGCAUUAACUGGUGGAGAUUAUAUUGCAACAACAGCAGCACCAUCAUCAUCUUCAUCACCGGCAAUAGCAACAAAUCCAGUCCAAACACAAACAAAACCUCAACGAGAUGCAUCUCGAGGAAAAGAAAAUCGAAAUAAUGAUGAAUCAACAUUGGGAAAAAUCACUUCAUAUAGUCGAUCAUUAAUUCAACAACAUCUGAGUGAUGGUAGUGAGACUGAGCCAAUAACCAAUGGUGAACAAUCAUCACCAUAUAUGUCGAAUGCUGCUGUUACUUCUUCAACAUCAAUGGCACCUAUUGGUGAUGGAACAACAGUCAAUGCUCGAAAACUUUCACCACGUGAACAACGUGAUUGUGAAGUUAUAGAAAAAUUAAUUCGUUCAUAUUUUUUAAUUGUUCGAAAAAAUAUUCAAGAUACUGUACCAAAAGCAAUCAUGCAUUUUCUUGUCAAUUAUGUAAAAGAUCAAUUACAAAGUGAACUUGUUGCAUCACUUUAUAAGACAUCAACACAUGAACAUGAUGAAUUGCUUGAUGAAUCUGGUCAUAUUGCUCAAAGACGUAAAGAUGCACAAGAAAUGCUUGAAGCAUUACAUAAAGCAAAUCAAAUUAUAUCUGAAGUACGCGAAACACAUCUUUGGUAA